AUGAUGUGGAUGGUCCUCAAGAACAUGCGCCUGGCCAAGUUCUUCUCUUACCGCUUGGAGUCAUACAAGGAGCUCACUUGUGAGUUCUUGGCAUCAAUGAGGUUCCACAAGUACAAGCAGCUCGAUCGAGCUGAGUUGGAUCAAGGUUGGGGAUGGAUCACGUUCUUGGCAAGAGGAGAAAGGAAGGCAGUGACCUUCAGGCAGUUGGAGAUCCUCUUUGGUUUCACUUAUGGGGAGGGAACCCAUUGGGAUAUCAAGGAGGAUGAGCUACAAAGGGUUUGGGCUACAAUCGCUGAUGGAAUACUCUUCCUCACGGUCUAA